AUGAACAUACUCAAGAAUCCAAGGCAUAAAAUUCCUAUGACGAUACUCCUACACAAAGAUAGUACAUUAGAAGGUAAAAGAUGCCGACCAGAAUAUGAUAAGUUAUUAGUUGAUCCUCUAUUAAAAUACUCUGGAUUAUUCGGGUCGGGAUGCGGAAGAGGAGAUUUAGCUGCUUCUCUUCAAGUACAUGCUAAUGGGAGAGCACUUGCACUGCCAGUUCAUACAUCAUAUAAACAUUUUACAUCUAGAUGGAACUGGAAUCAAUGGAUAACCUUACCAAUUUCAUAUGCUGAUUUACCUCGUAAUUCUCAAUUGUGUAUUACUCUAUAUGAUUGUGCUGGACCGGGAAGGCAUAUACCAGUAGGUGGAUCUACGAUUUCACUCUUUGGCAAACAUGGUGUAUUCCGUCAAGGAAUGCUUGAUUUGAAAGUUUGGCCAGGAUUAGAAGCAAAUAGUGAUAUUUUUACAACAACUCCAGGUAAAGCAAGAGAUCACGGAAAAGAACAAAUGCAUAGAUUGGCUAAACUUGCAAAAAAACAUCGUAAUGGACAAAUAAGUAAAGUAGAUUGGCUUGAUAGAUUGACUUUCCGUGAAAUUGAAUUAAUUAAUGAACAAGAAAAAAGAGCUUCUGACUAUUUAUACCUUAUGGUUGAAUUUCCACAAAUUACAAUAGAUGGAAUACCUGAUGGAGAUGAAGUAGUGCAACAUCGAUCACAACCAGAUGUUGUUACUUUUCCAGAUUAUGAAAUUUUACAGGAAAAUUUAGUGGAAGCUAAACAUCAUAAAUUAGCUAGAAGUUUACGAAGUGGUGGAAAUACAAAAGAAUUAAAACCAACAUCUAAUGUUCGUGAUGCUUUAAACACUAUAUUAUCAUAUCCACCUACUACUGCACUUUCUACAGAAGAACAAGACCUAAUCUGGAAAUUCCGAUUUUAUUUAUCUACCCAGAAAAAAGCACUUACAAAAUUUAUAAAAUGUGUAAAUUGGAAAGUAGCUGGAGAGGAACGUCAAGCUUUAGAAAUGCUUAUUCUAUGGGCUCCACCUGACCCUGAAGAUGCUUUAGAAUUACUUGGACCAGCUUUUACACAUCCAGCCAUUAGAAGAUAUGCAAUUGAACGUUUAAAUCAUGCAUUAGAUGAUGAUUUAAUGUUGUAUUUACUGCAAUUAGUACAAGCAUUGAAAUAUGAAAACUUUGAAAGCAUCAAAAUUGCUAGUGAAAUUUUUAGUAAAAAUAGAGAAUUAAUUGAUAACAGUGAAAAAAUUAGUAAAGAAUAUAAAUCUAAUAAUAUUUCAUCAUCAAUAUCUGGAAAUACUAUUAAUUUUUCAAAUUUUGAACCUAUUCCUUUUCCGCUUGAUCCAGAUAUUUCCAUUAAAGGAAUAAUACCAGAAAAAACCAGUCUGUUUAAAUCUGCUUUAAUGCCUUCAAAAUUAACUUUUUUAACUACAGAAAAUACAGAAUACAUAGCUAUUUUUAAACAUGGUGAUGACUUAAGACAAGAUCAACUAAUUUUACAAACUAUAGCAUUAAUGGAUAAAUUAUUAAGACGUGAAAAUCUAGAUUUAAAAUUAACCCCUUAUAGGGUUCUUGCAACUAGUACACGGCAUGGAUUUUUACAAUUUAUUGAAUCAACAACCGUUGCUGAAGUAUUGGCCAAUGAAGGUUCGAUAUUAAAUUUCUUUCGGAAAAACCAUCCUUCAGAAAAUGGACCAUAUGGUGUUGUCCCCGAAGUCAUGGAUACCUAUAUUCGAAGUUGUGCUGGAUACUGUAUUAUAACUCAUGUUUUGGGUGUUGGAGACCGACAUUUAGACAACCUUCUUCUUACAACAUCAGGUAAAUUAUUUCACAUUGAUUUUGGUUAUAUUCUUGGAAGAGAUCCUAAACCAUUACCACCACCAAUGAAGCUCAGUAAAGAAAUGCAUUUCUUCAUUUACGCCGACAUGCAAAUUUACUAUUGA